GCCACCAACGCCAACGGCUCGGGGACCGGAUGAGGUGAGGGACUCCACCGUCUCGGCGACCCCCGCUGCAAAAUGGCUAUGGCAAUGGCUUCCUUUGCCGUCGUUUCCCACCACCGCGUCGGCCACAUGGCCGCAGGCUUCCCCUCCACCGCGCGAGAAGGCGGUAGGGUCGGCCGCAGCGGCGUCACCAUCUCCAUGAGAGCCCAGAAGAAGAAGAGCACUGGCGACUCAGGGAGUAGCAGUGGAGGCGGAGGUGCAGGCGGGGACGGGCGGGCCAGCAGCGGGCGGCGAGUGUGGCGUCGUCGGAAAUUGACCAAAGAUGAUGACAUGUUGCGUUACAAGUUGGAUCGUAUCCCUUUCUUAGAAGAGAAGGUGAGAAAAGUAAGGGAGAAUGGGAAGAUCGUAUGCUUGGACAUUAAUCAGCUGAUGUUAUCUCAAGAGAAUAGAUUUGCUUUCACCAUGGAGGUGGCUGAAGAAGCUAAUGCCUAUCUUGAGAAGAACAGGCAUGAAUAUGGGUUGAAGAAACCUAUACUGCAUGUCCUCAGUGACCGCAUGAACGAAGCUGGGUUUUCUCGGCCAGAGGGUUAUCUUUAUCCUUACCCUAUCAAGCCCGGUCCUUAUUUCAUUAAAGAGGAGGGACACUGAGUAAGAUUACAUGCUAUUUGGAUCGGCAAGCACAAGCUGGGAGCCUCUUUUCCAGAGGGAAGCGUGUUCUGGGAGGGCUUGGUCAUGCUGUGUACACUACGCAGUGGGGAUAAACCAAGAAUUCUCUGAUAUAUAUUUCGCAAUCAAAUGCUCAGAAAAACUUAAAUUAAUUAAGAUGCCAGAUCUCUGAAGCAUCACAAGAACAUCUCUAGGCUUAUUGUGAAGUGAAGGCACCGAAGCCUUUCUGUUUGGGCGGCUGUACCUGUUUCUUCGGUGCUGACAGGAGGCCAUACAUACUGCUUCAGCAAGCAGAAUGAUGAUCUGCAGUGCCGAACAACGCGAAAGCUGGGCUGCUCGGCGUUACUCAUCAGGAUUCGAUGAAACCAUAGGGUCCAUUAGGUCCGGUUGUUGUUGUUGUUCCUCCCAAUCUCCCAUGACAUGUUGUAACGCUCUCUCAGUGGAUUCGCCUUGGACUGCUGCUUCGAGCUGGACGUAGGAACUAGGAACGGAUGCAGUGAAGGUUUGCUUCCCCUUUAUGAAACAAGCAUGUCCUAACUGUUGAUAGCCGAUCGAGUAAAGGGUUUGGUGUA